AUGGCGAAUUUCUCGAAAGAAAGAGCAUUCAAACCAUCGGCAUUCAGAAAGUUAUUACCUACGUACUUUUCAUGGAAGCAGAAUACUGUAGCUGCAAAAGCUGCCUCGAUAAGUUUGUCAUCGUUCGGAACAGGAAGUCCUUUUAGUUUUGAUCCUUUCUCUCGAAAAUGGAAUUCGAAGAAGAAGACAAAGACGAAGAAGAGAAAACCUUUUCCUCAGGACAAAUCAUCUAAUAAGCACGAGGCAAUAGGAAAUGAGUGGUUGGAAACAGGGAAUUGUCCUAUCGCGAAAUCAUAUAUAGCUGUUAACGGUGUUCUCCCAAUUGUAGCAUCAACUUUUCAGUUGCCUCUUGGAAUGAAGCUUAAAUGCCCAUCUGCAGUUGUUUCAGUCAGGGCUGCCCUGGCCAGGACUGUUUUUGUGAAGACUAUGCGGCCGCAACCAUUAUUUUCGAAGAUGUUUGUUACUGGAGCCUUGGGAAUGACAGCUAAUAUUCCACUAGGCAUAUGGAGAGAACACACUGAGAAGUUCUCACUAUCAUGGUUUGUUGCAGUCCUUGCUGCUGUUCCCUUUAUAGCUAUGCUGAGGAAAUCAGUUGCGAUGCCCAAAACAGCUAUGGCAUUAACCAUUGCUACUUCUAUCUUGGGACAGGUCAUUGGCUCAAGAGCAGAGAAACUUCGAAUGAAAGUAAGAGAUUCAACCGUAAUUGAAAGUUGGAGGGAAAAUUUUCAACAACAUCCAAGAGAAGUGCUUCAACAAUUGACGGUUGAUGAGACGUGCAUUAACAAUUAA